GUGACCGGCACGAUGCUUUGGAGGCAAACGAGGCGCAUCUGCAUCGCCACUGCACGGCAGGUGCUGAGCGAUGUGAAGCGAAAGUACGGACAGGACUUGUUUUUGCACGAGGCCACAACACGGCCCGAAGCAGACAGGCCAGUGGUCCUCAUGAUUGGAUGGCUCCUCUCAAAGCGCAACCACAUCCAGAAGUACGCAGACUGGUAUGCGGACCGUGGCAUCCACACUGUGAGCAUGCUACCACGCCCCAAGCACUGCCUCGACAUGAAGCAGGCAUCUGCUGCGGCAUCCUCCCUCCUCCAUCUCGUGACAUCCCCGCCCUUUCGCGGCCACCCACUCCUCAUCCACGGCUUCUCAGUCGGCGGCUUCCUGUAUGGCCGGUAUCUGAUGGAGGCGACACAGCACAGCGAGUACGAGGACAUUGCCGCGUGCACACGCGGACAGAUCCUAGACUCUGUCGUCGACCUUGAGGGCAUCCCGUAUGGUGUGUCUGCCGCCACCUUCAAGAACCCGCUCGUGCGGCGGCUGAGCCAGGCCUUUCUCGAGGGCCUCAUGGCCAUGAGCCCAGGGCGCAUGGGCGUCUACCGCGCAUCCUCGUCCAUCUUCAAGGCAAACCCGAUGCGUACGCCGACGCACGUGAUGUAUUCGCACGUGGACCCCGUGACGGACUCGGAGCGCAUCGAGAGCGUCAUGCGCGCGUGGCAGCAGCAGGGCAUCCCCGUCACCGCCAGCGUCUUUGACGAGUCGGCACACGUCCAGCACAUGAAGCAAUACUAUGACAAGUACUAUGCGGACCUGGAGACGUUUGUGAAGAAACACGUCACCGUGCUCUAGCUGGGCCUUUGCCUACCCCUUUCUCUCCAGCAACUACCAAGACAACUACACGGCGUGCUCUUCGUGCCGUGAUGUGCUGUUGAAUUGUGUUGUCCGCUUCACACCAUGUCACAUCUGUGCCUCUUUUGCCCUUUGUUACACACCAGUGCGUGCGUGUUGCUUUUCGCUCUCGUCGCUUUGUUCCGGUUGUAGUCUGUAUGUCUGUGUGUGCGUGUGUGUAUGCGUGCGUGUGUGCGUGUGUGUGUGUGUGUGUGUGUGUGCUGUGCAUUUUAGGAUUGAAACAAUCAAACUCA